UUUCGUACUUUUGGGGCGCGUGCGCGUGUGUCAUACCGAGCCCAAAGUUGGUCAAAAUUAAUUUAAUUUCAAAAUUACAGAAUUUACGAGAAGAAAAAAUCAAAUCGUGGUAGUCGAACCGAUCAACGAAACCGUCGGAGUGCCACGGAAAUUUUGCGUCGAUGAAAAUUAAAUUUGAGUAAAAAAGUGUAAUUUUGAAAAUUUUGUGAUCAAGUGAAAAAAUAUGCUCGAAAUGGAGUUCGUGAAGAGCAGCUUCGUGCUGUCGCGGGCCGCCAAAGUGUUCACAUAUUUUUCGCCGCUCACGGUGAUCCUGGUGUCGGCGAUCCUGGGGGCGAUGUUCGUGUACAACCGGCGGCGUUCCCGGCUGGUGAAGAUGAUCGAGAAGAUUCCGGGCCCGGCCAGCAUGCCCAUCAUUGGCAACAGUUUGCACAUCAAUGUGGACCAUGACGAAAUCUUCAACCGCAUCAUCUCAAUCCGCAAGCUGUACGGUCGUCAGCAGGGUUUUAGCCGAGCCUGGAACGGUCCGAUGCCGUACGUGAUGAUCUCAAAGGCCGCCGCUGUUGAGCCCAUUCUCAGCAGCCCGAAGCACAUCGAGAAGAGCCACGACUACGAGUUCCUCAAGCCCUGGCUCGGCACCGGCCUGCUCACCAGCCAGGGCCGCAAGUGGCACCCGCGCCGCAAGAUCCUCACCCCGGCCUUCCACUUCAAGAUCCUGGACGACUUUGUUGACAUCUUCCAGGAGCAGAGCGCGGUGUUGGUGCAACGCCUCGAACGGGAACUCGGCAACCGGGAGGGCUUCAACUGCUUCCCGUACGUGACGCUGUGCGCGCUGGAUAUUGUCUGCGAAACUGCCAUGGGACGGCUGGUCAACGCCCAGAUGAACUCGGACUCGGAGUACGUCAAGGCCGUGUAUCAAAUCGGUGGCAUCGUCCAGAACCGCCAGCAGAAGAUCUGGCUGCAGCCGGACUUUAUCUUCAAGCGCACCAAGGACUACCGCGAUCACCAGCGCUGCCUGUCGAUCCUGCACGAGUUCUCCAACCGGGUGAUCCACGAGCGCAAGGAGGAGAUCCGCAAGCAGAAACUGUCCAACAACAACUCCGUCGAGCAGGCCCCGAACGCGGACGGCAACAACAACGCGGAAGAGUUUGGCCGGAAGAAGCGACUGGCGUUCCUGGAUCUGCUGAUCGAGGCGUCCCAGGACGGGACGGUCCUGUCCCACGAGGACAUCCGCGAGGAGGUCGAUACCUUCAUGUUCGAAGGUCACGACACCACCUCAGCCGCGAUCUCCUGGAUCUUGCUCCUACUCGGAGCCGAACCCGCCAUCCAGGACCGGAUCGUCGAGGAGAUCGACGAGAUCAUGGGCGGCGAUCGCGACCGCUUCCCCACCAUGAAGGAACUCAACGACAUGAAGUACCUCGAGUGCUGCAUCAAGGAAGGACUCCGCCUCUACCCGAGCGUUCCGUUGAUCGCGCGCAAGCUCGUCGAAGACUGCGUAGUUCAGGACUACACCAUCCCUGCCGGUACGACAGCGAUGAUCGUCGUCUACCAGCUGCACCGCGACCCCGCCGUCUUCCCCAACCCCGACAAGUUCAACCCGGACCACUUUGCGCCGGAGAACUGCCGCGGCCGGCACCCGUACGCGUACAUCCCGUUCAGCGCGGGCCCGCGGAACUGCAUCGGCCAGAAGUUUGCCGUGCUGGAGGAAAAGUCGAUCAUCUCGGCCGUGCUGCGAAAGUACCGCAUCGAAGCGGUUGAUCGGCGCGAAAAUCUCACCCUGCUUGGCGAGCUGAUCCUGCGGCCAAAGGACGGACUUCGGAUAAAGAUUAGCCGGCGGGUUUGAGAGUUUUCGCGUUCCUUUAUAAGCAAUAGGUUUUUUUUUAUUUGUUAAGGUAAUAAUAUCUUAGGUUCUAUGAUGCGCAUUUGUAUUCCGCGUCCUACUGAGAAAUAUGAAUGUGUGUGUGUUUUUGUGUAUCAUUUUUUUUAUUCUUCCGUUUUGUGUAUGGAUUAUGAAUGUCAUUUAUAAAUGGUGCAAAUACAAUUGUCGACGAAAAUACAGGAAACUGCUGGGUGGCAGGCGUUUUGAAUUGGUGUUGUAGUGAUGAUCACAGCUGAAUUGCUAUUUCAAGGUUAUCUCCAGGGUUGACUAAAUUUAUGUUCUUUGAUUUUUUACCUCAGCUCAAAUUUUCGUUCGUUUUCAGAAGAUCGAUGAUCUAAAUAUUACAAUCGUUACAUUUAUUUUAAGGUUUAGGAGCUUCCAUAAUCUUAAACAUAAAAAAUUAAAAAAAAACCAAAAAAAAGGUACUCAAAAAUUGUAAAUCCUGAAUUUAAAAAAAAAUAUUUCAGGGUUAAAAUUCCAACAUUUUACGUUUUUAAAUUUCAAAAACCUCUAAAUUCCUAAAAUUCUUAAACUUCAACAUUAUGUUGAAAAAUUGUAAGAAUUUUAAAAUUCUGAGAAAAUCCAAAAUCUAAACUCUAAAUUUUUAAAAGCUUUCAAAUUCUAACACUCAACGAUUCAAAGAAUCUAAAUUCUAAUAUUUUGACAUUCUGAAAUUCUAAAAUUCUAUAACCAUAAAAUUCGGAAACUCUUAAAUUCUAAAAAACAGCGACUCA